AGGGUCAGUUUGGGCGGAGCUCCUUAUCUCUUGGGGCUCGGUGAUUAGACACUUAUCCAGGCCCAGGCUCCAUUCCGGCGUCAACGAUGGAUCCCGCUUCCGCAGCGGCUCUGGCAGCGCUGGAGAGCGGCAACAAGGAGGAGGUAGAGUGGGUACUGCAGGGAUAUAACCGGCAGAACAGUCGAACUUUCACAUUUGAUCAAAGUGAGGAAGAAGAGAGAAAGAAAAUGUGUGAUGAAAUAUUGAAAGCACUGCAGAAGGACCUGGGACCAUCUUGCCAAGCCACCUGUUUAGAAACAAUCCGCAUUCUCUCCAGGGACAAGAAAGUUUUGGCCCCUUUGACAACCAGACCAGCAAUGCUGGCCCUAAUGAGGUUGGCUGGAUUGGAGUAUGCACAAAGCUCGAAACAAGAGAUACCCAACUUUAAUGUUAUAAUUGAGGCUUUAAAAUGCCUGUGCAAUAUUGUAUUCAAUAGUGAGAAGGCACAGCAACUUAGUGUGGACUUCAAGCUUGUCAGUGGAGCCUGUGAGCGCUUAAAGACACACAGAGACAAAAAUCUGCCUCAUGAAAUUAAGUUCUUUGACUUGCGCCUUCUUUUCCUGUUGUCAGCAUUGCGAAUGGAUGCCAGGGCUCAACUAAAAGAAGAACAAGGGCUACUGUUGCUUACUGAUAUCCUAGAGAGCACACUGGAUGUCAAGUGGUCAGAUAAAUAUGUGGUGGCCACAGACUGCAGGGGACCUCCCUUGUCUAAUGAGCAGGCGGAUAUAUCCAUGGAGGUGCUGAAAGCUCUCUUUAAUGUCACUUAUGACUGCAACCAGCAGCAAAUUGAUGAAGAUCGCGCCCAUCAGAACAGGCACCUUGCUGCUAUUCUCUGUCACUGUUUGUUGCUGAAGACUCAGUCUGAAGACAAAACUGAAGAAUUUCACAGCCACACAGUCAAUCUUUUGAACAACAUUCCAGCAUCAAGUCUUGAUCUCCUCUUCAGCCCCAGCAUCAAGUGUGGAACAGUCGAAUACAAUGGGAAGAAGAUGGAUGCAGUUGAGGUUUUGCUGGGUUUCAUGGAAAACCGAAUAGACAAAGGGUCCAAUUUAAAGGAAGGAUUGACUCCAGUUUUAAGUGUUCUGACAGAAUGUUGCAGGAUGCACAGAGAUAUGAGAAAAUAUAUCCGCUCACGGGUCCUGCCUCCUUUAAAAGAUGUAAAGCAUCGUCCAGAAAUUGGCACUACUCUUAGAAAUAAGCUGGUUCGCCUCAUGACGCACAUCGAUACUGGAGUGAAACACACUUCAGCAGAGUUCCUGUUUGUACUCUGCAAAGAGAGUGUUGAUUGCUUGUUAAAGUACACUGGCUAUGGUAAUGCUGCGGGGCUACUUGCUGCCCAUGGGCUUCUGGCUGGAGGGAGAGGCGAUGGGCAAUAUUCUGAAGAUGAGGACACUGAUACCGAAGAGUACAAAAGUGUCAAAUCUUUCAUUAACCCUAUCACUGGUCAUGUGGAAGAUCCAAUGCCCAAUCCAAUGGAUGGAAUGACAGAGGAACAGAAAGAGUAUGAAGCAAUGAAACUCGUCAAUAUGUUUGACAAGCUGUCCAGGGAGCAGAUAAUUAAGCCAAUGAGGGUUAAACCGGAUGGUACAAUGGGUCCCUUGGAGGAAGCAGCAAAUGAAUACACCAGUGAUCACGAUUCCACUUCAGAUUCUGAUGAAAACAUCUAGCAGUGUGACUGAAAUCUCUUUACCAAACUCAGCCUAUUAUUUUCACAGGAUAUGUUUGCCAGAGGGAAAAAAAUGGUUUGCAGUAUGAAAUGCAGUAAAUGCAAUGGAUCGUCUCUGUAAUGUUGUCUGACAGCUGUCCAGAAAGGCAGCCCUUACUUGCAGAGAAAAGGUUUUCUAUUUAUUUCUUCCACACUAUUUAUACUGUCAUUUGUAAAGCCAGAGAAUGCUUAAUUUUCCAAUAUUGUCCAGUUCCAUAACUAACAGUAUGAGCACACUGCCCAAGAAAUCUGUUAUUUCCCAGACCUGCACUGGAAUUGGAACAAAAGGAGAAAUGCUGUCCAUGAUCAAUUUUCCACUGGAAAGCACAAGGAGCAAAUCGAUAGUGUGUCAAUUUGAUUCAAGAGAGUGAAGUGGCCGUUCCAGAAUUAGCUAUAUGUGAGAUCUACAGAAUCAUGCUUGAUUUCAUAAAUCAAAAUUAUUCAGCAUAUUGAAAUUAUUUCCAAAGGAACUCUGCCAGAAUUUAAGGACUUGCACUUAUACAUUGUCUUUCAGAGUAUUUCAAGUCAUGUCGCAACCAGUUUAUUACUUUUGAACUUUAGUCACCGCUGUUAUGUAGGUAAACACAGUAGCCAUUUUGUACACUGCAGGGUCCAACAGUGAACAUGAAUGACCAGUUAAUCUGUUGUUGGUGCUGUUAUUGAAGGAUGAAUGUAAACCAGGAUGCUAGCCAAAUACUCUAUUCUUUAAAACAUUUAACUGAAUUCUCUUUUCUUAAAAAAAAAAUUCAAAAUUGGUGGCAAUUGGAAUGAUCUGGUUUAAUAUUAAUUGGAAAAGCUGAGAGUACAGCUCCUUGUGACCAAGAUUUCCCUGCACUGAUGCAAUCUGGGUUUUAUAUUGCCUUCAGUAAGAAAGGAAUGUAAUUUAUUUAAAUAUUAUUGAAUUUUGCUGAAAAGAGAGAUGUUUUGAAGCUUCUUAUCUUGCAUUCAUCAGGACAAAUGCAGGAAUGCCAAAAUUCAAACAAUCUCAAAUUUAUACUGCACAAGAUAAAUGUGCUGAUAGGUUUGUCCUGAUGAGUGCACAAUCAAAAAUUUCAGCAAAAUCUUCCUUUUCAGCAAUAUUCAAUUCUGUACAACCAAGCAGCGGGCUAAAAAUAACGGAUUAGUGAACAUGUCUGAGUUUGUAGGCUUGAGAAAUAGAACUUUUUCUGUCAAAUGUGCAUCUAGUAGCAUUUAUUGCCUGUGUUCAUGAUUAAUGUAUAUUGUUAUAUUAGAUCAGAUGUCAUUACAUUUAAUAGCUUGAAAUGGAAAUGGGUUUGAGCAAGGUUAUUUAUAAAUGUUGAAAUUGUCUUUUUUAGAAAAAGAAAUUAACCUGGUUUUUAAUGUUUUGAAGGUGGAUAGACAUUUUUUAACUUGUGAUUCUGCAAAAAGAAAUGUGUAACUGAAUGGAAGAGAAAUGGCUUCUUUGACACAGCUAUAGAAUGAAAGAUUGUCUCUGAGUGUUAAUGACUUUCUUUGCAAUAUACUGCUGAUCAGAAUUGUUGUACAGAAGGAGGCCAUUCAGCCUAUCUUAUCAGCACCAGCUCUGUAAGCAUGAUUAUUCUCUAGUAGCCACUGCAGUUUCUGUUGUGUUUCAGAUACAAUCAGCUUUGGAUAAUUCUUUCAGGUAAGGCUUUUCUAUGAGCAGAAAUUGACUGCCAAAUAAGGAGCACAAAUUCAAUUUUGUCACAGGUACUUACAUCCAUCACUUUCCAAAAUUAAGCUUGGGUUGUGGUGGGGGUUGAUUUUUAAAAAAAGAAAAAACUUGCAUCUGUGAAACUUUCAAUCCUUUUAUUGUUUAUGAUGACUGAAAAUGAGGUUUGGAAAUCAGCCUUCCUUUAGUAAUUUAUAUCUUUGCACACUGUAUCAUAUAAGCCAAUAAAGUGAUCACAAAAUUUGAUGAGCUC